CACAGAGCGGCGGCGUUUCGCUGCGACGAGACGGUGGAACUGGGAAGAAAGUGCAAGAUGUCAGACUGGACCUCCACACAGAGAGACGCGUUUUGUUGAUCAGUGAUUUAGCGGUGGUUCGUUUAAUUGCCCUGUGUGUUUAUGUAAAGUUAGCCAACUUUGUGUUGGUGCCGUUUGAUUGAUCAGUCCGUGCGCCGCCAUGGCUCUGAUCGCCACUGACCAGGGCUGCAAAGUGAACGGCAUGUCGGUGAUUUACGGCAGAGUUGGACCAAGAAAAGAGGAGUUUCAUGGAAAAGGGGAGAAUUUUAAAUCGGCCAAAUUCCAGCCAAGGGACGCCGAGUAUUCCACGGACGGCCUGCCCAAAGCGUUCCUGCACAGCCUGAGGACCCUGUUUGACAUCUUGGACGAUGGUGGACGAGGCUACGUCCACAUCUCGGAGAUCGAGAGCCGCUGGCAGGGUGCGGACACCCGGGACCUACCCGGCGGGGUGCUGCCCUGCCUCAGGAGGGUCACCCCGCCGCACGGCUGCCUCACCUUCGAGCGGUUCGUGGCGGGGCUGCGCUACUCCAUGCUGAACCCGGAGAACAGCUCUCACUUCAGGGCCCAGGCUGCGGUGCACCCGCAGCAGAACCCGCAGCAGAACCCGCAGCAGAACCCGCAGCAGAACCCGAAGCAGCCCCAGAAACCCGCACCGCUGUCCACAUGCAGCGUCGGAACCCGGGCGGAAAACAAGGUCCGCCCGCUGGGCCCGAGCAACGUGACCAACACCCAGCAGCACCGCGCCUCCUCCCUGCAGAACCGGGCCCGGCCCGAGGAAGGGCCCGGCUACCAAGCGUGCGGACCGGCGCGCUACAACGCGGGCUUCGAGAGGUCCGGCCGAAGUUUGGAGCGGAUUCCCGUCCCUCCGGAGGGCGCGUGCUACGCGACCGAAGCGGGCCACGGCACCAAAGCAGCACAGCCGCAGCAGAGCAGGGUCCGGUCCAUUGAGUCGCUGGCUCUGGAGUCACCGCAGCUCCAUGAAUCAAGUGUUGCGAAAUCAGGUUUACCAAGAUCUCAAAGCGAGUCGGCCACAGGCUUUACAGGAGGCUCAAGGCGACGCGGGCGGAGUCGGGAAGAGCAGAGGCGACAUACCAUAUCCAAUGGAGUGGAUUAUGGAAUGUUGAAGCAAAUGAAAGAGCUGGAACAGGAGAAGGACUCCCUGCUGGCGGGUCUGGAAGUGGUGGAACGGGCCCGAGAGUGGUACCAAGGCCAAAUCCACAAUGUCACAGAGAGGCAGCGGCAGGUCGGGCAGAGCUCCCAAUGCACAGAUUUCUUUACUGAAGCCAGCCAGAGUCGCAUGAAUGUUCUCAUUCCCAAACUGCAAGAAGUCAACCGGUGCCUCAAUGACCUCAUCUCCAGCACUGGGGUGUCAUUCCCUUCCAGCGUUGCUCAGACCCUAUCAGCAAACUCCCAGCCUCCAGCUCCAGCUCCUCCACAAGCCAUCCAGAGACUGAAGGACCAGAAUCGACUGCUUACACAGGAGGUGACGGAGAAGAGUGAACGGAUCACCCAGCUGGAGCAGGAGAAGUCUGCACUGAUUAAACAGCUUUUUGAGACUCGAGCGCGUUGUGUGCAGGACACCAGCACCCUGGACUCCACCUUCAUCUGAAAACAAUUAAACCCCACCCAGCACCAAAACAUUGCCAUGUUCCAGUGAGGAAACACUAGGACAAAAUGUCAGCAUAUCUGUCGGUCUGGAACAGACAUUGGUAGGAUUGAAGCUAACUUGUUUACCUUUGACUGCUUGGUGCCAGUGAAGCACCUUUUACCUGCAACACCCUCAGCUGCUACGUGACCACUCCACUCAAACCAACUCAUGCACUACUCAAAUGUGAACCGUAGAGUCAAAAGGCUCUGCUACCUUUUUUAAUGUUUCCUUUAAAAAGAAACACUCCCAUUAUGCUGAAACGACAGGAUCGGUAUCCAGAAAUGAGUCAGGAGUCAUAUGAGGCUACGACCACGUUCUCAAUGGAGGCUUUUCAUUUUGCUGCUCAACUGCACCGACAGUAGACGAAACAUUAACUUUAAAAUAAUGGUCCAAAAUGUAAUAGGACAGCGGUUUUGUUGGAAUAAAAUGCCAUAAUCUUACAGUUUAUUGUAAAACAAAUUGGCUUGCUGUGACCUAUCAUUUAAGUUAUUGUUAAAAGAUUGAUACUUGGAUUUAAUCAAUACUAACAGACUUUACUGUCUUUCACCAUUUCCUCCUUUUUAUUGUAUCUGAAUGAUAUUGUUUACCUGACAUUUAUUCCUUGGCUUUAGAGUGUUUGAUAACUGGCUGUAAGAACAGCUUGUGCUGUAGGUAACAGUAGUAUGUUAAGUGUGUUAAGGCCUUCCGUGAAGUUUGAAAUGUGCUUUUCUUUUGGUAGAUUGAAAUAAGAGACGAAAGGACAGUUUACAAGCCGGCGAAACGUCGAGGCAGAGGUUAAUGGGAAAAGUUUGGAAGUUUGCACGUAGAAAAAAAAGCCCAGGAGGAUAAAAGGCAGCAGGCGAUGAAUGUGUAGGAGACUGGAGACGACAUGAAAAGCACAUCAUUACUUUGGCCUCCUUCUGCUACGCUCCUGUAUGUCUGAUCCUUUGCAUGGAUCAUAACAGAUUAAAAAAAAAAGAUUUCUGUUGGAAUUUAGAGAUUAAAUAUUAGCACAAUGUUAAAUGUUAAUUGUCCUCUUAAUCGUGGUUCUUCACUCGCAAAGGUUUGGUUUUAGACUAAACUAUAAAAACAUUUAGCUGUUUACAGGACAAAUAUUUAGUCAUUGUGCCAGUAGAAGCAUUGUAGUGUUCUGAUGGAUCUUCAUGGUACUGAUGGGACGUCUGCACAUAUCGUUAUGUUCUGUUCUAUGUCCUUCUCCCAAAUGCUGAUUGUGUUUCUUGCUGCUCAAACCUUAUAUGUGAGUCAAACUCUUGCUUACACUUUUUAUUGAAGGUACUCCAGCUGUUGAGAGCUAAAAAAAAUAAAUCUGGCCGAACGACGCAGA